UUUAUGAAUCGUUACCGUGAUACUUAUACAUGUCCCCUGCUUCUGAAGCUCUUGCAUUGCCUUUGAUUCCAAACAGUAGCAAAACAGUGGUCCAUGCUGCUGACACCAAGACUUUCUUCCCCCUGUGUGAACGGAAUAGAUGGGGUCAUAUAGUAUAGUGUGGCAUCCAAGUCAACUGCUCUCUGGAUGACCAGACAAUUUCUUCUAACAACUUUGGCCGGUCUGCACCUGUAUUUCAGUGGCUCAUUGAAUGUGCAUUAUUGUACAGAUUAUCAGCAGAUGCCUUUUAGGUGACGUCUAGUUCUGGGGCACUUGCCAGGUCCGUGACUAACAAAGAACCAGAGCUGCAUAGCGUUAGUGAAUCUCUAUCUUCCUCUCCUGUUCUUGUCUGGAGACCUAAUCCCAUUGCUAGAUAUUGAUUUCAGUACUUGUUAGACCAUGUACAGUCAGCAUGGGCAAUUUGGGCAGCCGGACAAGGGCUAUAGUUUUCUAUGGCUAGCCAGAUGGAUUGCUUAUCGCAGAAUCUAGCCAGUCGUAGUCCAACUUUUUUUUUCAGAUUAGCCUUGUGACUACUCUACCCAAACACGGAAACGCCAGAUUGGCUGGACAUCGUUGUUCUUGUAAAUCUGAUUUCAUUGCUGGUAACCAACAGAAGGUGGCUGAUUUUUAUUCCCAUGCCAGUAGUACUUUUGUUAUUUAUUCUUCACAUUGCACAGCUGUCACUUAGCAGUGCAUCAGAGGUUUUGAAUAGUACUAGAGGCCAAGCAGCACAAUGCACACGACACAUCGUCCAAGACGCGGUUUCUCCGUAGUAAGAACUAAGAGACAGGGUUGCCCCAGUGUAUUUCAAGGUUUCAGGCGCUAAAAACACAGUGCUGCAGCGUACUUCUAGAAGGUCUCAAACUUGGGAGAGGAGAUCCUUGCUCUCCAAGUAAACUGCCCCCCACCCCCACUCUUGCGAGAAAUUUGCUGUUUUGCCACUCUCAAAUUUGGCUGCUUGUUAUUAUGCCAUCCCGUGUCUAUGACUGGUGGGACCAUCUGUGUCUAUGAUUUAUGGAUUCGAUGGCAUAAUGACGAAGCCCACAAAUGAUAAUGGCAAAAUUGCCAAUGGCUCCACUCUUGCUCGGCUCUCAUCUGGACCAUCCCAUCUGCUCUGCCUGCAGCUAUAAAACGGCGGAGCUCUCGCCCGCUCCCCGUCACUCACCCACUCUGACAUUAGACACAACACAGCCCACACGGCUCUCCAGUCCCCAGAUUCCCGCGCCUUCCUGAGCAAGAAGACACCCGCGGCGACGAUGGAGCGGCUGCCGCCGCACCAGGAGAAGGCGGCGAGGCGGACCCUUCCUCGGCGCGGGCAGAUCAAGGCGGGCAUCUUCGCGAGCCUGUUCCGGUGCAUCGUCGCCCCCGAGGCACCCGCGCGCAAGGAAGGCGGCACGAACAAAGAUGGCAGCAGCAGCCACCACCGCGGCUGCAAGAACAAAGAUGGCGGCAGCCACCGCCGCGUCUCCCCCGGUGGCUGAUGCGGUUCGAAGGAGUCAAGGUAUAAAUAACAGGGAGAGUUGACGAUGUGGGGGUUGCGAUGAUCCCCGUUGUGAAACGCUGCAGCCUGCGGCGCCGGUCGUUGAACUCGCGGAGCGGAGGAGGGUCUUCGGGGGGUGGUAUCGGGUUAGCUGAAUCUGUAUAAUGGUAUGGGGUUCAGAGUUCAGACAGGGUCAGGGCAGUGAAUUGUCUGGACUUUCUGUGGUCGGAUGGGGUCUCUGAACUCCGGCUUCAGCUGGAGUGCUAUGUAAAUAUGUAAUGCACGCUCUUGUCUGUGUUCUUUAGCGGCAACUUCAGUGCCUUAGCCCUUUGGUGUUUCCUUUCCAGGUCACCACUGUCUUGUGGAUAUUAUUGCUCUUGUUGGUUAAUGAAUCUUCUCAGUGUUCUUACUUC